AUGUCCUGCCCCAAAGAAUCGGACGAUUCCACCGACUACGGAUCGGAUUUUACACCUGAGGAGGAGCAGCUGUUGAGCGAGUUACUGGACAAAGCUGCGGGACCUGCGACCGGCCAGGCCGCCAUCCUGCCCUCAACACCAUUCUUGCCUUCGACCCCGGUCUCACCCAAAUCCCCGGCACUCCUUGAAUUCGAGUCCCUGCACCCAGAAGCUCGAGCGGCUCUCGUUGCAGAUAUCGAGGAUGCUGUUGAAGAGGCCCCCGUCCGCCUGCCUAAGGUACUGGGCCGUGAAAGGCCUCGUGCACCGUGGCGGUCGCGACAGUCUCGGCCAGGCCAGGGGUCUAGAUGGAGUCCAAGCGCCGUGGAGAGGCCAAGCGCGCGCGCUGGCAUCAACAACAGGCCCAUAUCGUCUGUCGAACACCCUAAUUCCACCGAGGGCAGAGAAAUAGAGCGCGCGCGUCAGAACAUCCGAACGGAAGCAUGGACACAAUUAGAUCCCGCCGUGGCGGCGCAAGACACUCGACCUCCACUCGAACGGUUCCGCCAGGCACCCAACAAGGCCUUCUCGGUGACGGAUUUGGUUUCGCCUGCUUGGUGCGAGCUACAAUAUUGGUACACCUUAACCAAGCAUGGACGGAAGAAGAGAACAGCUGCGAUGAAGAAGGGAAGCUCCAUGCACAAGACGCUUGAGGAUGAAAUAUACACCACUGUGCCUGUGGAGAUCAAGACAAAAGAGGAUGCAUGGGGCCUAAGGAUAUGGAACGUCAUCCAGGGGAUGCGCAUGCUGCGCGAAUACGGCAUCACGCGCGAAAUGGAGGUAUGGGGGCUGGUGGAUGGGCAAAUUGUCAAUGGUAUCAUUGAUCAAUUGUCUUACGAAUGCCCCGACUCCGAGCUUGAGGCCUCUGCUGAAGAGUUCUAUGCGAAUGCGGUGGCCUCACGGGUCGCUCUCCCGGAGUACCAAAUGUCUUUGUCUGACUACCUGCUCUCCUCUUCUGGAGGUGGGAUGAAGCUGUCGGAUUGGGGUCAGGGGUACAGCGAAGCCGAACAGACAACAGCCAUCGAGAACAAAGCCCCCAACCCUGACUACAACCUACCUCGGAUCUAUUUAACGGAUGUGAAGACAAAGGCCAGCCGCUCAUUGCCAACUGUGAAGAGUUCCGGGUUCCGACCCACUCAUCUCCAAUUGCAACUUUAUUAUCAUAUGCUGAAUCGCCUCAUCACAAGCGACGAUGUAACAAUCGACGUGCUUGCCGCUCGCUACGACUUCGAUGCGGCAAAACCGUUCACCGAUGGCUUCGUCGCGGAAGUUGGUGGGUUGAACGAUCAAUUCUUCGAUGCUCUCUCCUCCCAAGAUUCCGAAACGGUCGAAAGUCAAAAUGACGACAGCCAGGAUUCGACCGGCCUUCUCCUCUCACAUAACAAUCUCUCCCAACUUUGGAGUCUCAUGAUACAUCAACUUCGCCUCACGUUCCUCCCACCCGCUGAUACACAGGGUAUUGCCUCUUCCAUCCCAUCAAAGACCCAGCCAGAAAUUCUCGAGGAAUAUCCAACUCUUAUUUCUCCAGUACUCACAGCUCGAUACCUUUCAUCGGCUGCCAACGAAGACCUGACAAGGCAGUACCUGGGCAGCAGGUCUUUCCUCUUCGACCCUACAACCCUGACUUCCUACCUGGAUGAUCAGAUGUCAUGGUGGCGCGGCGAGCGAGAUCCCCGUGGGGUGGAUAUAAUGGACGCAUGGAAAUGCCGGAUUUGUGAAUUCCGCGACGAGUGUUCAUGGCGCCAGGAGCGUGAAAUGGCGUAUGCAAGACGCGGCCAAGGGCGCGCCGGGUCGGCGGAAAUAUAA